AAAACAUCGGUCUGCAGUCUAGAAAUUUUGAAUGCAUAAACUUAUGGCCUUGGUGAUUUGAUGUCCCUAACGGAAUGGCUUCGAGUUUUGCCCCACCGAAGCUCGCCGACUUCAUUCUUACUGAGAAACUGGGGAGCGGGACCUAUGCUACGGUUUACAAAGCCUACAGGAAGGGUGAUAACCGGGAGGCAGUGGCAGUAAAGGUCGUGAGCAAGAAGAGUUUGAAUAAAGCCGCCGUGGAGAACCUGCUGACGGAGAUUGAGAUCCUGAAAACUGUUCGACACCCUCAUAUUGUGCAGUUGAAGGACUUCCAGUGGGACAAUGACAACAUUUAUUUGAUUCUGGAGUGGUGCUCUGGCGGUGACCUGUCGCGUUUCAUUCGCAGUCGUCGAAUCCUCCCGGAGAGAGUCGCUCGCCGUUUCCUUCAGCAGAUAGCCUGUGCCCUUCAGUUUCUACACGAACGAAACAUUUCCCAUUUGGAUCUGAAACCCCAGAACAUUCUGCUCAGUGGGAAUGGGCUCAAACUGGCAGACUUUGGUUUUGCCCAGUACAUGUCACCCUGGGAUGAGCAGAGUGUUUUGCGGGGCUCUCCCCUCUACAUGGCCCCAGAGAUGGUCUGCCGAAAGCAGUACGACGCCCGCGUGGACCUCUGGUCCGUGGGAGUCAUUCUUUACGAGGCACUGUUUGGCAGAGCUCCCUUUGCCUCGCGCUCAUUUGCUGAGCUGGAGGAGAAAAUCCGCAGUAAUAAACCCAUCGAGUUGCCUGCAGGUGCCAGAGUGUCAAGGAACUGCCGGGAUCUGCUUCUGCGACUGCUGGUCAGGGAUCCGGACACCCGGAUCACUUUUGACGAGUUUUUUACUCACCCGUUUGUGGACCUCGAGCACAUGCCGAGUGCGGAGAGCCUUGGAAAAGCGGUGAGUCUGGUUCUGCGGGCUGUAGAGAAGGACCAGGCCGGUGAACGGUCGAUGGCCCUGUCUCUCUACUGCAGUGCACUGGAGCAUUUUGUCCCUGCCAUUCACUAUGAGACAGACAGACAGAGGAAGGAAGCCCUCAGAAAGAAGGUGAGUGAGUAUGUGUCACGGGCAGAGGAACUCAAAGCUCUGGUGCAUUCAGACAACAGACACAGCUUUGAGGAAGCCAAGUCAGCCAGGGACAUUCUCACAGAAAUGUCCAGGGACCAGCCACGGCUGCUCUCUGCGCUGGAGUUAGCUGCGGCUGCGGUAACGCGGGAGGAGUGUGGCAUGGAGGACUAUGAAACACUGGAUCUCUACCAACAGAGUCUUGGUGAGCUGCUACUGGCCCUGGCAGCCGAACCCCAGGGUCGCAGGAGGGAGCUGCUUCACAGUGAGAUUAAGAGUCUCAUGACCAGAGCCGAAUACCUCAAAGAGCAGAUCAAGAUGCGGGAAGCCCAAACGGAUGUUUCGCUGGACAGAGACCUGGCAUCUGAGUCUGUGCGUUCGUCCUGCUGUGUGCAGUAAGGGCCGGGCCGUUGCCACGGGGACACCGACAGGCCUCAGGAACGUGGUGUCGGACCUCGUUUUGAACCGUCUGACGGGUCGACGGCCGCGGUUCCCGUCACGAAUGAGCAUCCUCUGCAUCCUGAACACCAAGCCCUCUCAGUAUAGCAUUAUCACUGAUCUCAGAUCAGCCAACAGCCCCCGGCAGCACAGUCCAUGUCUGCCUGCUUUACACUACAGCAGCUUCAGUAAA